CAGCUCAGUGCUCAGUUUUUUGCCGAGCCAAUGGAUGCCGUCGACCAUGGUCUGCAUUAACCUGAGCAGGAUCCUCUUCACCGCUGCUGUCAGCUUCAUCGUGGAGGUAGAGGCCUAUCGCUUCAACUGCAGACCAACAGGAUUCCUUUAUCCAUCUUGGCCCACCUACUUCUUCAUCCAGGAGGCGCCGGGAACCAUUUGCAAGAAGAGGUGGCAAAUGGGGAGAUUGGUAUUAAAGAGGUGUUUGUCGCGAUCCCGAAAGCCUGAAGGCGAAGAUUCUGCCAAAAGGAUACGACCGGAGCCGAGUUCUUUCAGGGAGAGUGCGCUGCUUCACAAGCUUCUAGAGCUGGUUGGAAAUGGUGGGUCCCAUGUAGCCACUGCCACAGAGAUUGCCAGGGCUGCGGAAAUUGACUUUCCACACCCACUUCCAGAUGGACUCAAAAAACUUGCUAGCUGUGGAGCGCAUGGGGCAUGCGCCAGCAACACAGAGAGGGACUUUCGAAGGUGGACACGUGGUGCUUACGGGUUCCGUUUAGAACCAUAUCCUAUCAAGCUUACCUUGGAAGUGCCAGGCGAAUGUCUUCCUCAGGAACACGAUGCGUCUGUACGCGCGGGUGUCAACAAAACGAUUGCUGACCUUUGCGCCUGGUCAUUGCACUAUGAAGACGGCGAAAUGCAGCUGUUGAACGUGUGCGCCUUCUCCUUGGCAAAGGCCAUCGAACUGAUUGACAAUUCUGGCUUGAUUCUGUCAUCAGAGGAAGCUAGCGAAAUCACCAAGUUCCUCCUGAUGCACUUGCGGACCACAAGACGUCUUGCGUCAAUUUGUUGGGGGAAUGCCAUUAUGGCGUUCAAGAUGCGCCCAAAGCACCAUUAUUUGUGGCACAUCGCCAUGGAUGUAACUGCCACGAAACUAAACCCACGACUUUUUCAUGUAUGGGAGGACGAAAAGUUCCUGGGCCGCAUCAAACGUAUUGCAACGAAAUGCCAUGGUGGCACCGUUCAAAGAAGAGCUUUGGAGCGGUAUGUGUUGGCUUUGUCGAACUACAUGUCGAGCUUGGCUUAGGGUGGCAUAGC